AUGCAGCCAAGCUUCAUCCCAUUGGCUUGGCGGGCCAAGACGGUCGGCCUCCAACAUCUGCACGUCAGCCAAAAUGGAAGCCAACGCAUCAAUGGCCGGCCUCCUGCUUCAACCACACCCACCAUAGGACAAAUGGUUUCGCGACAGCCAAAGAUGGUUCAAGUACAAAUACAGCUCAUGCCACUCAGGCAUUCGCAUCUCGGACACUCCCCCUUCAGCUCACUUCACCUUGGAAUUUUUCAACUACGUUUCACUCCAACGACGCAGCUCAACUCUCAGUAUAAGGUUACCUCAACAAGAAUGAAGUUUUAUGCAGUCGCCGUUGGUAGGAUCACGGGAGUUUUCACAACUUGGGAUGAGACGAAACCCCAAGUAAAUGGCUACAGCGGCGCAAUACACAAGUCGUUUAAGUCGAGAGAGAAAGCUCAAGAGUUUUUGUAUCAACAUAAGGACGAGAGUAACCCAUUCCUCCGUCCCAGGAUGGAAGAGGAGUCCACCUAA